ACUUCGUCAACUGUAACAACAGUUAGUCGGCCUCCUCCGUAGCCGAAAAUAUUCAAUGUUUUAGGCUGUUUUGAUGUACAUUAGUCACUGCGUUUUAAACAUAUUUCUGUUGUGUCUACUUGUUGGUCCAUUUAAUGUACUAUUUACGUUGUUUGUCAGGUAGCUGGCUUGCUAAGUUAGCUUUGCACUAGGCUAAUCGCUAAUGCUAAGUAGCUAGCUAGCUAACAUCCCCGACCAUGAGUUCACUAAGCUACUCCACUCCUGCUGAAGAAGAGGUCUGCUGGACGGAGAAAGAAGAAGAGGCUGUUACAGUUAAACAAGAAGUAGAGGAUGAGGCUGUUACAGUAAAAGAAGAAGAGAAAGAAGUUAUCGUGACAGAAUGGGAGGAGGAUUUUACUGUUAAACAAGAAGGGGGAGGAGUUUUCGGAGUGAAGGAGGAGGGGGAGAUUACUGUCACGUUGAAAGAGGAGGAGGAAGAGGGGCAGAUUACUUUCACGUUGAAAGAGGAGGAAGAGGAGGGGCAGAUUACUUUCACGUUGAAAGAAGAGGAGGAGGAGGCAGGAGAGGAAGAGGGGCAGAUUACUUUCACGUUGAAAGAAGAGGAGGAGGAGGCAGGAGAGGAAGAGGGGCAGAUUACUUUCACGUUGAAAGAAGAGGAAGGAGAGGAAGAGGAGGGACAGAUUACCUUCACGUUGAAAGAGGAGGAAGGAGAGGAAGAGGAGACGCGAGAUCUGAGUAAAACCACAGGAGAGCGACCAGACUCUCACUCUGACAGCGGGGAGAGUCAUUCAGGGGAACCAGACCCAGAGACGUCCAAACCAGCGAGACGACACCACUGCUCCCAGUGUGGAAAAAGUUUCAACCGAUCACAACACCUGAAAUUACAUGAGAGAACACACACAGGAGAAAAGCCUUACCACUGUUCCCAGUGUGGAAAGAGUUUUAGUCAGUUAGGGAGCCUGAAAGGUCAUAAGAGAACACACACAGGAGAAAAGCCGUACCACUGUUCCCAGUGUGGAAAGAGUUUUAGUCAGUUAGGGAGCUUGAAAAGUCAUAAGCGAAUACACUCUGGAGAGAAGCCUUACCACUGCUCAAAAUGUGGAAAGAAAUUUACAUGGUUAGUGGGCCUGAAAAUGCACGAGAGGACACACACAGGAGAGAGGCCUUACCACUGUUCCCACUGUGGAAAGAGUUUUAGGUUGUUAGGGAUUCUGAAACUGCAUGAGAAAGCACACACACGAGAGAAGUCUUACCCCUGUUCCCAGUGUGGAAAGAGUUUUAGGUGGUUAGGGACCCUGAAAACACAUGAACGAAUACACACACAAAAAAAGGAAAAGCUCUACCAAUGUUCAUUGUGUGGAAUGAGUUUUACCCAGUUAGAAGCCUUGAAUAGGCAUGACAGGACACACACACGAGAGGAUAAGCCCUACCACUGCUCCCAGUGUGGAAAGAGAUUUAACUGGUUAAGGCAGCUGAAUAAGCAUGAAAGAAUACAUACACAGGAGGAGAAGACAUACCACUGCUCUCAUUGUGGAAAGGCAUUUUCCCAGUUAGAGGACCUGAAAUCACAUGAGAGAAUAGAGAGGCUGUGUUCUGACUUGAGUUUUUGACUGAUAAUUUGUGUUUUUGUUUAAUCCUCAUGAAAUGCAAUUGUAUAUAUGAAAUCAAACUCAUUUUGCUUUUGUUGUUUUUUAAUUUCGAGACAUGAUCAUGUCUAAUAUCGGAUGAAAUAUUUUUAAAUGUCUAUUUGGUUUUGAUUGUUCAUCAUAUGCUUUUCAUACUGCAAAAUGUACAUAAUUAUAUAAGUAAGUAAGUAGCUGUCACGUAGAGUAGGCCAGAAGGCUAAACUGGAAAACCUAACCUCUGUCACGUAGAGUAGGCCAGAAGGCUAAACUGGAAAACCUAACCUCUGUCACGUAGAGUAGGCCAGAAGGCUAAACUGGAAAACCUAACCUCUGUCACGUAGAGUAGGCCAGAAGGCUAAACUGGAAAACCUAACCUCUGUCACGUAGAGUAGGCCAGAAGGCUAAACUGGAAAACCUAACCUCUGUCACGUAGAGUAGGCCAGAAGGCUAAACUGGAAAACCUAACCUCUGUCACGUAGAGUAGGCCAGAAGGCUAAACUGGAAAACCUAACCUCUGUCACGUAGAGUAGGCCAGAAGGCUAAACUGGAAAACCUAACCUCUGUCA